CCACCUAUCGCAUUCGCAUUUUGCAAAUAAUAAAUUACAAAUUGCAUUAGUCUGUGGUUGGCUGUCGCGAGAAUUUACGUGUGUUCAGGUUCAGGAAUUCAGGUUUUGAAUUUGAAACAACGAAAGGUUUGCGGCUAAAGGUUUCGUUGAUAUAAUAUAAUAGAAAAUAUUAAUACUUAGUAGCCGUUUAUCAUAUUAAUAGAAAACAAAACUUUAAAAGAAAUAAAAAUAAGUAAUAUAAACUAUAUUUUAAAAAUCCAAAAUGAGUACAACCUCAAACUUAAUUGUUUCAUCGCCACACGUGAAAUAUACUGACGAUUACAUAUUUUCUGAAUACGAAUAUAACGAAACAUUAGUAACAAAAAAGGAUAAUGAAAUUGUGGCCAAACCAUACAACACAUCGCUAUCAAUCCGUACUGGUCGGAAAAUAGGAAAAGUGGGAGUGAUGCUAGUGGGCUGGGGGGGUAACAAUGGUUCAACAUUCACAGCAGCUGUUCUGGCUAACAAGCACCAGCUCACAUGGAACACUAAGAACGGUCAAAUGGAUUCCAAUUGGUUGGGUUCCAUAACACAAGCAUCGACGGUACGUCUUGGUAUCGACGAGAAAGGACAGGAUGUUUUCGUUACAAUGUCUAAACUUCUGCCGAUGGUACAUCCGGAUGAUUUGGUGAUCGACGGAUGGGACAUCAGCCCAUUGAAUCUCGCCGACGCAAUGGUCCGCGCCAAGGUCAUCGACUACGACCUCCAGCAGAAGCUUCGCAAGGAAAUGGCGACCAUGCGUCCCCGUCCCGCGAUAUACGACCCCGACUUCAUUGCAGCGAACCAGGCGGAUCGCGCAGUCAACCUCAUCAAGGGAACUAGAUAUGAGCAGUACCUUCAAAUCCGAGCUGACAUCAAGGACUUCCGGGACAAGAAUAAGCUGGACAGGGUUAUUGUGCUUUGGACGGCCAACACUGAAAGGUUCUGCGAAGUUACCAAAGGAGUUCAUGACACAUCUGAAAAUUUGGAGCGCGCACUCCGUCAGAACAAUCUCGAGAUAUCGCCGUCUACGAUAUUCGCACUGGCUGCCAUCGACGAAGGGUGUUGCUACAUCAACGGUUCGCCGCAAAACACGAUAGUCGAUGGUGUUGUCGAGCGAGCCGAAAAGAUGGGCGUGUUUGUAGCCGGAGAUGACUUCAAGUCUGGCCAGACUAAACUGAAGUCUGUGCUCGUCGAAUUCUUGGUUUCGGCGGGUCUGAAGCCAGUGUCGAUCGUGAGCUACAACCACCUCGGUAAUAACGACGGCAAGAACCUCUCCGCUCCGAGACAGUUUCGCUCCAAGGAGAUAUCGAAGAGCAACGUGGUGGACGACAUGGUGGCCUCCAACUCCGAGCUGUACGCGCCCGGGGAGAAGCCCGACCACGUGGUCGUCAUUAAGUACGUGCCCUAUGUCGGAGACUCCAAGCGCGCCAUGGACGAGUACACGUCGGAGAUCCUGCUGCACGGCACCAACACGCUCGUGGUGCACAACACUUGCGAGGACUCCCUGCUGGCCGUGCCGCUCAUACUCGACCUCGUCGUGCUCACUGACCUCUUCUGCAGGGUCUUCUACCGCAAGAACGAAUCCGACGAGUGGAGGCCGAUGCACGGCGUGCUGUCGGCGCUGGGCUACCUGCUGAAGGCGCCGCUGGUGCCGCGCGGCGCGCCCGUGGACCACGCGCUCGGCGUGCAGCGCGCCGCGCUCGCCGACCUGCUGCGCGCCUGCCUCGCGCUGCCGCCCGCGCACCGCAUGCGCCUCGAGCACAAGAUUCCGUUUCUGAUGUCGGAUCUGCGCUCGGGCGUCAUGUUCGAGUCCUCGCCGCCUCCCAAGAGACAGAAGCUGACUCAAGAAAAUGGCGAUAAGUAAUAUAUAACAGGAUAUUUCAAUAUAUAUAUAGAUACAUAUGACAGGGAGCCUUGGAUUCUAGAAGAGAAUAUUUAUGUGUUUUUAAUCUCAGAGUUAUUUUUAUUGUUCCUUAGUUAUGCGAAGCACAAACGAUUGGACGCUUCAGAAGCGUGACGUUUUCACACAAAUAUUAUAUUUUUUACAGUAUUCAAUACGAUACUUUGUAUUCUUUUAAGUUGUGAUUUUCGUAUAAGCUGUCUGUUGAAAUUUACCGAUAAUUGUAUUAUGAUUUAAGUUUAUUUAGUUUCAUGGUUCAAAUAAAUUGUAAAAACAAUAUAUUUCAAUCAUACAUAGAAGUAUUUUCGUUAAUAUUUGUUGUUUGUUUCGGCUGUGUAUUAGUGAUUUAUAAUAUCGAAUAGAAAACAUUAUAACUUAGUUUAGAUUUCAUCGUAGUAUUCGCUUACAUUCCUAUUUUAUCAAAAAUAAACAUUAAAAAAGGAUUAUUUUAUUUUAAUUUAUUUAGAACAAAUUAGUCUGUGAAGGAAAGUUCAUUCGUUGUAUGUAUGUGUAUAUUAUAUUCUAGAACUUUUCGAAAACUUUCUAGAAGUUAUAUAUUUUUCCUAUUAUAAAUGAACGCUAAUAAAACAGAUUUUAUAUUUUGAUGUCUUUACAAAUAAAUUAUAAAAAUAAAAAUGUUUAUUUCAUCACUUGCAAAAUACUUUACAUUUCAUCAUUUAGAAUCCCCUCAAGAUUUUUGCUUGUAUUAGGGAUAUCAAAAUGUUCUCAAUUGGAACAAGGGAAUGGAUUAAAAAUAUUGGAAAAUGAAAAUUAUUUCAAAUAAAAGCCUAAAUGUAAAAUCCAUAUUCCAAGUAUCAAUCUUAUAAAUUUUUCUUAUAUUCAGUCUUGAUUGUUCAGAAAUCUUUAUUUACUGCCAAUAUUUUUAUAGAAAAUUUAUAUACAUAACAUUAUAUUUAUACACAAUUGAAGUUAUAAAAACUUAAUAUAUUCGUUGCGGAUCUUUAUUACUAAGUCAAGCCUGUAUGGUGCAAAACGUUUGCCUACUGGGAAAAAUAUAAAUAAAAAAUUAGUAUAAUUUUAUUUAUCUCAAAAAAUCUCCUUUAAUAUGCAAACAGUAUUAAAAAAUAAUCUGAUGUAUUAGAUAAAUCCAGUAUUUAAUAAUGUGGUUUUUUUGUGUAAAUGCAUUUAUAGAAUUACAUUUAGAUAUAUGUUAAAAAAAUUGAAUCUUAUUAAAUAAAUCCUACAAAAAUUUGUACAAACGUUUCAUUUAGAUCAUUUGAAAAAGUAAAAAGAUACUUAUAAAAAAACAGUCUGAUGUACAAUUAGAAUACUUUUGUAAAUUAUAUCAAAUGUUACAAUAUUUGAUUGUUGCAUAAAAUUAGGAAAAUUAAAUGCAAGAAAACAAUAAAGCGAGGCUAUUUAUUGCUAAUGGUACAGUUACAUAGUAUUUAUUUUUUAUUUUUGUUUAUUUAAGAAUAACAAAAAUAUGUUUAUGUAGUAUUUCCAAAGGCUAUGUGUUGUUUUUACUUGUAUGCACUUGUAUUGAAAUAAACUUAUUCUUG